GAGGUUGACGCUGCACACUGAGGCUGACGAUGGGCUCUUUUCGCUGGGUUCGAAACGCUGGGCAGCCCUGGAGUGCUGUUGGGUCUCUGUGGGGAUGGGCAGCGUCAAGGCUGCAUCUGGACUGGACAACAAGAAUCUUUCAAGAAGAUGAGGAGAUGCGGAUUCUGACUCAGAGUGAUGAGUUGAACCGGACCUACUGUGAGGACAGCAGACUGCCCCUUAACAAUAUGACAAGCACAAAUAAUCUGUGCUUUGAUGACACAAGAAGAACAUCCUCAACAGACAACAGCUUGGUUCUAACUCACAAAGAUGAUGCACAGGAUCCUGACAUGACAGCAUCCACUAGCACUUUAUGGCAGGAGAGACCGGCUUUUAAAGAAACCAGAACUACUGUCAUCUCCUCUGGAACCAAGACCAUCACCAUCACUUCAGCUGUUUCCACUGAAGAUUCCCUUUGGUUUGAAAACAACGGAAGUUAUGACACAGAAGGAAAAUCUUCUGAGACGAAAGCUGGAAGGAUGGGAAGUAAGGAAAACUUAAAUUUCAGCCAGAAUCAGGGGAACAGGAUACGGUCCUACAGACUGGCUGCGCUACAACAGACACUUUCUGAAGAUGAAGAGGAGAAGCUUGAUGGAGACAGAGCUGUGGAGGAGACAUCUGGACUGUGUGGAAGCUUUAAAAAAGAGAGAGCCAGCAUCAGUUCAGCUACUGCAGGUCAGAGCUCCAAUACCAGCAGCACAGGUCUGAAUCCUUAUCCCACCAUCACCGCCUGGGAAGCCAGCUGGAAUGUCACAAACGCUAUACAGGGAAUCUUUGUACUGGGUUUGCCUUUUGCUCUGGUCCAGUCAGGUUAUGUGGGUCUGGUACUGCUGGUUCUGUCAGCCUGGAUCUGCAACCACACAGGAAGGACCCUGGUGGCCUGUUUAUAUGAAGAGGAGCGAAGUGGAGGAUUAGUGUCAAAGAUCAGAGUACGACGCACCUACCUGGACAUUAUGGAGGCCUGCUGCAAAGGACUGUGGCCAAACUGGUCUGGAGUGGGAGGAUGGAUGGUUAAUAUAGCUCAGGUCAUUGAACUGCUGAUGACCUGUACUUUGUAUCUUCUCGUCUCCACCAGUCUGUUGUCUGACAGUCUCUCAGCGUUGGCUGUUCCGAGAUCAGUGUGUUCACUGGUGUCUCUGGUGUUCCUUCUGCCCUGCUUGCUGCUGACUGAUCUCAGACCAGUCUCCACUCUCAGUCUGCUCUGCUCUCUGGCUCACAUACUGAUCAGCUUGUUGGUCAUGCUGUACUGUUUGAGUCGAGCCAGCAGCUGGUCUUGGUCUUCGCUGUCCCUGUCUGUGGAUCCAGAGAACUUCAUUGUCUCAGUGGGAGUCAUCAUCUUCUCCUACACCUCACAGAUCUUCCUGCCUCCUCUAGAGGGCAGUAUGGAGGACAGAGGGCAGUUCAACAGCAUGCUGGGGUGGACCCAUGGGGCAGCCUGCAUCAUGAAAACUAUGUUUUCUUUGCUGGCGGUGUUGACCUGGGGGACAGAGACCAGCGAAGUCAUCACUGACAACCUUCCCUCUGACCUGCGUCCUCUGGUCAACCUGUGUCUGUUGGCUAAAGCCCUUCUUUCCUACCCUCUACCAUUCUACUCUGCUGCUGAAAUACUGCAGACCUGUGUGCUUAGAGAUGCUGCUGUCUCAUCUUACUCCAAGCAUGGAGGCCGAGGUGUGUCUCGUCCAGCUCUGGUUGUCCGCGGCGCCCUGUUGCUAACAUCAUACCUGCUGGCUCUACUGGUGCCCAGGUUCUCCCUGUUGAUGGGUUUGACAGGCAGUGUGACCGGGGCAGCAAUGACACUCAUACUGCCAUGUUUAUUUCACCUUAGACUGCAAUGGGGAUGCCUCACCGUGAAGGACCGGUUGAUAGAUGUGGGUAUAUUGGGUCUGGGAGUCAUCUGUAGUGUGUCUGGUGUGAUUUGUUCGAUAAAAAGGCUGGUGGAGACACUGUAGGAAGGGUCAAGUUCAAGGGUAGGUUCUGCUUUAUAUUCAUUUCUGCAUCGAAGUUCCUCUCUAGACAUUCAUUAAAUCCCUUAAAACUCAUCUCUGUAAAUUAAAGCUGUGUCUUUAGAAGCAGGUUUAUUCAAUGAAAAUCAUCCCAUUUUUAGUUAAAAUGGUUUAGAUGUAACUUUACACCUCGAGAAUGGGUAGAUCUCUGAAAUCAACACCUCUCGCUCCAUUGAAAACACAGUGGCAAGUUGUAAUAUUGAAGUAACUCAGCCACAGAUGUUCAAACCACAAACUGAUUCAAACAAGAACUACAAAAGCACUCAGAGAGUGCAGUAUUCUCCCAUGGCUGCCAGUCGUAUCAUUUCUGAUAGCUGACAUCUUUUUUAAAAAUUUGUGGAUUCAGACUAUAAGCUGCAUCACUGCCAAAAUCUAAUCACUUGGUCCUUGGGUCAUUUCUGACCUUCCCUGAAAAUUUCAUCCAAAUCCGUAAAGCCAAUUUUGAAUAAUGUUGCUAACAGAGAGACAGACAGACAAACCAACUCCGAUCGUCACAUACAGUGCAUCCAGAAAAUAUUCACAGCGCUUCACUUUUUCCACAAUUUUUUAAUGAUACAGUCUUAUUCCAAAAUGGAUUAAAUCCAUUU